GGCGCGCCCUGUCCGCGCGCGGGGGUCGCUGUGCCCGAGCGGCGCGCGCUGCGCGGCGGUGGGUCGGGGUCCCGGGCGCGCGGUCCCCGUGUCCCCCGGCCGGGCCGGGCGGGGGCGGACACGGCCGCACGCCUGGGGCGGGGAGGCGCCUUAUAAAGGGCCGCGGCGCCCGCCCCGCGCACUCGCCCCGCGGCCCCGCCGGCCCCGCUCCGGACGGACGCACGGACGGACGCGCGGACGGACGCGCGGACGGGCCCGGGACGCCCCGCGCACCCCGCGCCCCCCGCGCCGGACAGCCCCGGCCGCGGACAGACUCUGGACGGACCCGGCUCGGGACAGGCCCGGGCGGACUCGGUUCCGGACACGCUUUGGGCCCCCCCGGGCGCUGCCGGCCCGGACGCGCCCCCGGCGCCCCCGGCGGGCGAUGCGCGCGCCCCGGCAUGGCCUCGGCCGUGUUUGAGGGCACGUCGCUCGCCAACAUGUUCGUGCGCGGCUGCUGGGUGAACGGCGUCCGCCGGCUGGUGGUGAGCCGGCGCGGGGACGAGGAGGAGUUCUUCGAGAUCCGCACCGAGUGGUCGGACCGCAGCGUCCUCUACCUGCACCGCAGCCUGGCCGACCUGCGCCGCCUGUGCCAGCGCCUCCGCGACGCCUUCCCCGACGGCCGGACCGAGCUGGCGCGCGCGCCGCUGCGCCAAGGGCUGCUGGCCAUCAGGGACGCCCAGGACAUGGAGUCGCGGCUGAACGAGGUGGAGAAGCUGCUGGCCACCAUCGUGGGCAUGCCGUGCAAGUACUCCAGGUCCGAGGUGGUGCUCACCUUCUUCGAGCGCUCCCCCCUGGACCAGGUGCUCCGGGACGACUCGGUGCGCAGGAUCCAGCCCAGCUUCCAGAGCCCCGUCAGGAUCUCAGAAAUCAUGCGGUCCAAUGGGUUUUGUCUGGCCAAUACGGAGACGAUCGUCAUUGACCACAGUUUACCCAACGGGAAGGACCAGCACCGCGGCGCGGAGCGGGCCGAGUGCUUGUUCGAGGGCGACGCCGGCUUCCCCCCGGAGCUGGAGGACGGCGAGGACCCCGCCGCCUACGUCACCAACCUGUCCUACUACCACCUGGUGCCCUUCGAGACGGACAUCCUGGACUGAGCGUCCCUGGGCCGCCCCCGCAGGGCCCCUCCGGCCACCGAGGGGCCUCGGCAGCUCCUCUGCCCCGCUCGGGCCAGGCGCGGACGGGCCAGCGUGUCGUGUGCGCCGCGCUCGGGCGCCCCGGGGCCGGGACCCGGGCUCUCGGUUCUGUCUUUCACGCUGUCUGGACACUGGGCCUGGGACCAGCCCGAGGAGAGCUCACGGGCGCAGCGAGGACGAGGAAGAGGCUGAGGCGGCCCCGAGGGGGCGGGACGCGCAGGCGUCCCCCUCGCAGGCCGCGGGGCCCGGGGCGGGGCAGGUGCCUGCUGAGGCCCGGGGCAGGUGCCCACUAGGGCCUGGGAUUGGGCAGGUGCCCGCUGGGGCCCGGGAUUGGGCAGGUGCCCGCUGGGGCCUGGGAUUGGGCCGGUGCCCGCUGGGGCCUGGGAUUGGGCCGGUGCCCGCUGGGGCCCGGGAUUGGGCAGGUGCCCGCUGGAGCCCGGGCCGGUGUCCACUAGGGCCCGGGAUUGGGCAGGUGCCUGCUGGAGCCCGUUGUUGGGCCGGUGCCCGCUGGGGCCCGGGUGCUGGGGCCCGGGGCGGGCCUCUGCCUGUGGCCGGCUCUCCUUGGGGCCACUGCUGGGCUGCCCUGCCCCCCGGCCCCGCCCGGCCCUCUCACGUGCGCGUGUGAGUGCUAGUAAGUUAUUGAGACCCCGACUCCUUACAGUCUGAGUCUGUGUUAACGGAAUAAACGCGUGACUCCA